AUGGCUCAACAAAGUAGACCCAGCAACUACACGCAAGGCUACUCCGACUGCACCAUUGCAACACACCUGUCACGCACGGUCGACACGGAUGCCGCUUUCCUUCUGCCGCGCACCAAGAAGACAGACCAUAUCCUCGAUGUCGGCUGUGGACCAGGCCCCAUCACCAUUGGUCUCGCCGAGUACGCCAGCGAAGGCAGAACAGUAGGCCUUGACAUCUCCAUGGACGUCUUGAAGAAGGCAAAAGCACUGGCGGUCGAAGCCCGGAUGCCCACGGAAGGGACCGGACUGCCUUUUCCCGACGAGACACCCGACAUCGUGUACUGCUCACAGCUGUUCGGUCACAUUCCGCCGCCGGAGCUGCCGGAGCGUGCGCUGACUGAGAUGAGGAGGGUUUUGAAGACGGGUGGCAUCCUAGCUUCGCGCGACGGGAUGGACCAGCACUUCUACCCUCGGGGCCUGGACGUCGGCCGGCUGAUGCCAGCAUUGUACCGUAGCAUUGGGCUCGAGGGCGACGGCGGCAAGGUUCAGGUCGGCGCAGGAACCAGGGUGUUCUCGGGGCCGGAAGCUCGCAUAUGGCUAGCUUGGCGUGGCAUCGGUCAGCUACAGCCGGGAGACACCUUUCAUCAGAGCUGGCUGGACGCUGGCAUCACCGAGGAUGAGAUUCAGCAAACGGUAUCCGCUGUGAAGAGAUGGGCCGAGACCGAGGACGCCUGGUACGCCUCGCUUCAAUGUGAGAUACUGGCGUGGAAGUAG